AUGCUUCUUUACAAGGCCCAGAUACAUGGCACUGUGAACCCAGUUUCAUUGCAAGUGUCGGUCUGCAGCAAGGCGGCGGUGCCUGGCAGUGCUGUAGUGCGAGUGGAAUCAAGUCACUCCUCCAGCAGCAGACAGACAACCAGCUACAAAUGCCCCCACUGUGACCGCACCAUGCCCCAGGUGUCUGCUAUGAUGCACCACAUCCGAUCACACACUGGCGAAAAGCCCUUCGCAUGUCCCUACUGCCCUUACCGAUCUGCUCAGAAAGCAAAUCUUAAGACCCACAUACGCAUCCACACUGGAGAGAAGCCGUUUGCGUGUAACCUUUGUUCGUUCCGGGCAAUUCAGAAGAUCCACUUGAAGAAGCACAUGGCAAAGCAUCACUCCUGA